CGGGACGCGCUGCGCCGUCGUCAUGGAAACGCGCCCUGCCCCGCGCAGAACUACAACUCCCGGCGGCCCCCGCGCUUCCGGCAGGCAAGAUGGUGGCGCGCAGGAGGAAGCUGGCGGCUCCGGGCGGCGAAGAGGCGACGCUGAGCCCGCCGGGCUACUCGGCCGUUCCAGUCAAGUUCUCAGAGAAGCAGCAGGCGCCCCACUACCUGUACCUGAGAGAACACAAGGUUCGAGAAGGCGCCCCGUCUUCCUGGCCUCAGAAGCGCACCCUCUUUGUCCUCAACGUGCCCCCAUACUGCACGGAGGAAUGCCUGGGACGCCUCCUGUGCCCCUGCGGCCUCGUGCAGUCCGUGCGGUUGCAGGCGAAGCCUGACCUCGCCGAGAGCCCCGAGGAGCCCACGUCCAAGUUCUUCCACCCCAAGCCUGUUCCCGGCUUCCAGGUGGCCUACGUGGUGUUCCAGAAGCCAAGAGCCGUGUCGGCUGCCUUGAGCCUGAAGGGCCCCUUGCUGGUCUCCACGGAGAGUCACCCUGUGAGCAGUGGCAUCCGCAAGUGGAUCGCCGACUACGCAGACUCCGUGCUGGACCCCGAGGCCCUGCGGGUGGAGGUGGACACGUUCAUGGAGGCGUACGACCAGAGGACAGCCGAGGAGGAGGCCAAGGCCAAGGAGGAGGAGGGCGUCCCCGACGAGGAGGGCUGGGUGAAGGUGACGCGCCGCGGCCGGCGGCCUGUGCUCCCGCGGACAGAGGCGGCCAGCCUGCGCGUGCUGGAGAGGGAGAGGCGGAAGCGCGCCCGCAAGGAGCUGCUCAGCUUCUACGCCUGGCAGCACCGCGAGGCCAAGAUGGAGCAUCUCGCACAGCUGCGCAAGAAGUUCGAGGAGGACAAGCAGCGGAUUGAGCUGAUGCGGGCCCAGCGCAAGUUCCGGCCCUACUGAGCCUGCACCGCGGGGGCACCUCCGGGACCCCCGCCUGAGGACAGCUCGCCCUGGGCCUGCACCCAGCCCCACCCUCCACGUGCUCCGUGCCCCCUCCCUCUGUGGAAAAGGGCAGUGAGAACUCCAGGACAGUUUAUUUCCCGUUCUGCUGGGCCGCGGGGAGAGGGUGCAGGGCCUUGGGGCUGCGGGCCCAGGAGCGCCCGUCCUGGCCUCCACCUCUGCUGCCGGUGCUCGGAGUCCAGUCCCCCCGUGAGAGUCAGAGCCGGCCGGGACCUUGGAGCGGGGGGCGAGCUGCCUCAGCUGCAGCCGGGCUGGGGUCCCGAGCUCUGUAAGAAGGCGCUGAUGACACCGGCCACGUGGUGGGGCUCGUUCAUGUGCACGUAGUGGUUGCCUGGGACUUCCACGAACUGGAACCGCUGUGGAAGCCAGGGGUGCGUGGUGAGGUGUGGCCCUGCCCACCCGAGAGCAGCAGCAGCCGGCCUGGGGCCCCAGGCAGCACCCAGGGGUCUCGGACCACACGGGCAUCAGGGCCACGUGCAUCACGAGGCAUGGCGGGGCGGGGUCUGGGGAGGGGGUCCUGAGUGGAGGCAGAGCAGCCUCCCACCUGCCCCUGCUGGGGGCACGGAGGCCCCGCCCCGCCUCUGCCUGUGGAAGCUCCCAGGACCGGCACCAGCUUUGCAGCCAGCGCACCUGGCCGUGUGCCACCAGGCAGUGGAGGGUGAUGGGGCUGCCGUCCCGCGUCACGCCUGGCCUGAAGCAUGUGGACAACAGUAAAUCGGCAAGGUACUGCCAA